UUUACUUGUUGGUGAUAAACAAGCAUAACUGUGAGGCACACAGAGAACACUCAGCGUUAGUAGUUUAGCGUUGUUAGACUGUAAAGGUGUAGAAAUGUCUUAUAAUAUCUACGAAGAUGUGUUCAGGGCCGAGUCUGGAGGAAGGAACAGAGAUAUAUUGGAAGUAACAGUGGCUAUUUAUGAGAGUGCAGACUGUGUGAAAGAUCAAGACUUCAGGACAAACACACAACAACCACUUCAACAAACAGGAAGUGGUUCAUUAAAGACAAACACCAGAGCAACUACAGUAUGUUUGGUGCUGCUGUGUUUUCUUCUGCUGACUGCAGUCAUAGUGCUAAGCGUCUACAUCUAUACAAACUACACACAAGAGACCAGAAUUACUAUCCUCACAGAAGAGAGAGAGCAGCUAAUAAUCAACAUAACCAACCUCACAGAAGAGAGAGAGCAACUAUUAAUCAGUAUCGAAGCAGGGAAUGAUCAGAACCAAAUCUUGACAAAAGAAAAGAAUGAGUUAUUAUCUAAGAAUGAUGAUCUGAUAAUACAAAACGUGCAGUUACAGCAGGUGGAAAAUGACCUGCAGGAGUGUCGUAAUAAACUGGAUGGAUGGUUUAACUAUCAGUCCAGUUUUUACUUCAUUUCUUCUGAGAAGAAGAACUGGUCUGAGAGCAGAAGAUACUGUAGAGACAGAGGAGCAGAUCUGAUCAUCAUAAAUAACAGAGAAGAACAAGAUCAUUUGCAGAAAAUAUCUGGUGGUGCUGAGUUCUGGAUUGGUUUGACUGACAUCAAUGAAGAGAGCAGAUGGGAAUGGGUUAAUGGCACCAACAUGACCACUGGUAUUUUCAGGUUCUGGAGGAUUUUAGAGCCCAAUGGAAGAAGAGAAGAGAACUGUGCUAUAUCUCGUUCAUCGGGAUGGGCCGAUUUUCCAUGUAAUGGUUAUUUUCAGUGGAUCUGCGAGAAGAAUGAAAAAUGAUUCAUUAAU